CGAUUUGCUAGAUCGCAUUCGUCUAAGCAAUGGAGAGAAAGUUGCGUUCCGAGGACGAAAAGAGAUUCCUCGAUUCUUUCUUUGAAACCGCCGACGGAAAGACCUCCGAAACUGCCUCCCAGAUCUUAAAGAAGAGUUCAUUCUAUUACGAGGAAAGAUACUGGAUCCUUGAGGACGCUAUGCAGCUUUGUUACCCUCAGAUACCAGAGCAGACACUUAAGGAAGAUAUUCAGCCGAUGUCGUCCGAUGAUAACGCGCCUGCACAAUCUUUCGGGGCUAUGACGGUUGGAAUUUCUCAGCAUCAACCAGAUUGUUUGAUUGCUAACCGUAACUUCAGCGAAAUUUGGGGACCAGAUAUGGAUGCUUUCUCUCCCUCAGCAUCAGCUUCUAAGCGCAGCCUGGCCUCAUUGUACCGUCCUCCUUUUCAUCUCAUGUUUCAUGGCUCUUUUGAACAGGCAAAAGCUACUUCGUCUUCUCAGGAUAAAUGGCUUCUCGUCAACCUCCAAUAUACCAGGGAAUUCACUUCACAUUUGUUAAAUCGUGAUACUUGGGCGAAUGAGACUGUUUCUCAGACUAUCAAAACCCACUUCAUCUUCUGGCAGGUCGAUGGUGAUUCAGCAGAAGGAAGAAAGGUUUGCACAUACUACAAGCUUGAAUCCAUUCCCUUGGUGCUUGUUAUCAAUCCAACCACUGGUCAAGCGAUGAAAAAGUGGUUUGGAAUGGUCCCACCCGAGUGGUUUGGAAAAGUCCCACCCGAGGCUUUGCUACGCGAGGCUUUGCUACCCGAGGCUUUACUAGUGUUCUUAUACCCGUUCAUGGACUCUGGUCCUCGUGAACACUUUACUUCUCUCGCAAAGAAACAGCCAAGACGAUCAUUAGCUGCGUCCUUUGAUGAUUACAACAUGGAAGAGACUUCAGAUGACCAAUCAAUGAUAUCGACUGAAGAAGUGGUGCUGCUGCCAAAAUUCCCACCUCUGCCGGAAGAACCAGAGAGAGGCAAUUUCAGCUGUAAUUGCGGAGUUGGAAUCGAUUUACCCAAUGGACAAAGAAUCAUGAGGUAUUUCCUCAAAACGGAUACAAUUCAGCUACUCUGGUCUUUCUGCUAUUCUCGUCUAACGAAAUCAGAGAGGAAGAAGCCAUUCAAGCUAACACGACUGAUUCCAGGUCAAUCAAAGACAAUUACAUUGGAGUAUGAAUCUAACUUAACCUUUGAGCAAUCUGGUGUUGCCAAUUCCCUCGUGUUUGCUACAUGGGAAUGAAAAAUCUUAUCCACAAAACUAGAGAACUAUCUAUUUUUCCCGCUGUUUCUUAAGGUU